AGGCACGCAAAUGCAGCAGCGUCUCGUGAUGGGGGCGGCUUGGCGUCAGUCUUUCCCGUCUGGAGUCUGACGCACUCCGCCAGCCAAUAAGCUCAUGUAGCACUUCGGCACCCGUGCCCGUUGUGGAGGCAGGAUUUCUUCAAAUAAAAAUGGCAGAUGUUGUCGAAGGAGACGGCACUCGCUCCGCUGCCCCUUCCGCUAUUCAUUCAGCGGCACGCAACGGAUCUGGCAUGAGCGCGGGGACUUGCGCCGGGGGCCUCGUCGCGACGACGGUCACCUCCGGGCCGCGGCUGGUCCGCAUCGUUAAGUCGGACUCGGGCUACGGAUUCAACGUCCGCGGGCAAGUCAGUGAAGGAGGGCAACUGAGGAGCAUCAACGGCGAACUUUACGCCCCGUUGCAGCACGUUAGCGCCGUGUUACCUGGCGGCGCAGCAGACCGAGCCGGGAUCUCAAAGGGCGAUCGUAUUCUUGAAGUAAACGGGGUGAAUGUGGAAGGGGCCACUCAUAAGCAGGUGGUGGAUCUAAUUCGAGCAGGAGAGAAGGAGUUGGUCCUGGCCGUCCUGUCAGUUCCGCAGCCAGAAACAGACAGUCUUGAUCCUGGAGACGACGGCUCCUCACAGUCCUGCUAUGACUACAGUGACAAGCAGGCCGUGCCCAUCUCUGUGCCCACUUACAAACACGUGGAGCAGAGUGGGGAGAAGUUUGUUGUCUACAACGUGUACAUGGCAGGCAGGCAGUUAUGCUCAAAGCGCUAUCGGGAGUUUGCCAUCUUGCAUCAGAAUCUAAAGAGAGAAUUUGCCAACUUUGCAUUUCCCAAGCUGCCAGGGAAAUGGCCUUUCUCCUUGUCUGAGCAACAGCUAGAUGCUCGCAGGCGAGGCCUGGAGGAAUACUUGGAGAAAGUAUGCUCUGUUCGGGUAAUCGGGGAGAGCGACAUCAUGCAGGAGUUUCUGUCGGAGUCUGAUGAGAACUAUAAUGGCGUUUCUGAUGUGGAGCUAAGGAUAGCCAUGCCAGACAAAACUACAGUUACAGUCCGAGUACGGAAGAAUUGCACAACAGACCAGGUCUACCAGGCCGUAGUAACAAAGAUUGGGAUGGACAGCAUUACUGCAAGUUAUUUUGCUCUGUUUGAAGUCAUUAAUCACACUUUUGCACGCAAACUGGCUCCAAAUGAGUUUCCCCAUAAGCUGUAUGUGCAGAACUACACGUCUGCUGUCCCAGGCACCUGCCUAACUCUCCGCAAGUGGCUCUUCACCACAGAAGAAGAGAUUCUGCUCAACGACAAUGAGCUGGCCAUCAACUACUGCUUUCAUCAGGCUCUGGAUGAUGUAAAAAAGGGAUUCAUCAAAGUGGGAGAGAAGUCAUAUCAGCUCCAAAAGCUCACUGAACAGAGGAAAAUGACCAUGUAUUUAAGUAUUCUGAGGACCUGUGAAGGCUACAAUGAGAUCACUUUCCCACACUGCUCCUGUGACUCUCGCAGAAAAGGUCAUGUGAUCACAGCGAUAAGCAUCCGCCACUUUAAACUCCAUGCCUGCACAGAAGACGGCACUCUGGAGAAUCAGGUGAUUGCAUUCGAUUGGUCUGAGAUGCAGAGAUGGGACACGGAUGAAGAAGGAAUGGCUUUUUGUUUUGAGUAUGCGAGAGGAGAGAAGAAGCCACGCUGGGUCAAAAUCUUUACUCCAUAUUUCAACUACAUGCACGAGUGCUUCGAGAGAGUUUUCUGCGAGCUUAAAUGGAGAAAAGAGGUUGAAGAGGAGGCCACAGACAAGGACAACAAGAACUGCAGUAAAGAUGGUAUGUGCGGUAAGAAUAUCUUCCAGCUGUUGAGACACAGAAGGGAUGGAGGCACAUGAACGAAGAGAUCAUCUCCUCCUGAUUUUCUCAAGUACAUGCACACGAACACUAAACGCAACACGCAGAGACAUUUCAGGAAAACAUUUCAGUCCCAUACACUUAUACACACACAUACUGAAAUAUGAAGCAGGAAAUGACAACCACGAACAUAAGAAACUACAUGAGACUUUUAUAGACUUGCGCCAUUGUUUGAUUUCAUUGGACUGGACAGGAAAGGCGCCUGACGUGAACAUCACCUGUCAUGUGACCGGUCUUCAGAUGCAGAAAACUGAGAAGCUGCCCAGACAUGUGCGCCUGUGAGGGUCCAUAUGCUCUCUCAGAAUGUAUCCAUUUACAAAAAAAUGAAAAAAAAAAAUGAACAUGCGAAGAAGAAAAAAAAAAGCAUUGCUACAUUUUCCACGCGGACAAUCAGAGUGAGAGAGGGAAAGAGAAGAAGAGCCAGUAGAAACGAGAUCAAUUCUUUCCAUGCUUUUUUCUCCACACUAGUUUGUCUCUUACCUCACUAUUGCCACUGUGUUGGUGGUAGGUUUGUACAGAUUUUUCAGCCCUUUAGCUGAACUGAGGUUUUUAAUUUAAUUUUGGUUUUGUUUUUUGGGGAUGAUCUCAUCCUUCUCUUAUUCUCCAAAGCAGUAUUUGAUUAUAUUAGCAACCGCCAGGCCCAGAUGCAGUUUCUGUGUAGAACUAAAUGGACAUUUGUCCCUGUGAAAUGUGUGGGUCAAUAACAUGACACUCCUUUUUUUAUUAUUAUUAUUUAUUUUAAAUAUGUUAAAAAUGCAGUUCAUAUGGACUCACAUUUAAUACAGCUCUUUAUGAUGAUGAAACAUCAAGUUCGACAAUAUUAUUCUGCCUUUAUGUGCUAUUAAAAAUCAUAACAUCCUUUUAUAGUAUGAAGUCUUGAUUACGAUGCUUGUCAUAUUCAAGAUCUUUGCUGUCGGAAUUUGUGCAGCGUUGAUUAACGACUAUAUAAACACCAACCACAUUGGACAGUCAAUGUGCUGAUCAUUGUGGAAUUUUGAUUAUGUAUGCGAUCACUUCAAUGUUUAUUAAACCGCAAAUAUGCUUUAAGGGCGCUACGUUUUGACAGGAUGUAGUCGUCUUGUCAUUGUUGAAUAUAGUAAAGAAAACUGUUGGUUCAGCAGUCGUUCUCUGAACUGUAAACUUUAUGGUGAAUGUUGGGUUUCAGAAUUCUCUCCCAGAAUUCCCCAGUUGACAAAUAUCAUUUCAGAGGCUACUCAUGACCUAUAUACAUAUUAAUAUGUAUGUAUGUAUGUAUGUAUAUUAUAGAGAAACUGGGGGAAUAACCACAAUUUUGUCAUUUCAGAAUUUUCUAGAACCACCUUAAUAAAACGGUAAUUGUGAAGGAUAAAUACAAAUCUUUUGUUGUUGUUUUUUUAUUUUACUGUAAUCAUAAUUGAAAGAUUUAAGUCAUCCUGUGGUCCCACAGUGGCUUAUGCACUGCUACAACUUUUACCAAAGCUAUCUGGAGUUAAUAUGAAAAAAUUCUUCCCUCAUGGAGAUUCUUGCAUGUCAUCGACCCAAAAGAGAGAACUUUAAAGUCGUAACAAAAUGCUUUGUGUUCAGUUAUUGUGUGUGGGUCUGGCUUUGUGUGUGUCUGUGUGUGUGUGUUAGAGAGUUUGAUCAAAUCAUCUCUGAUUGAGUUGUAUUAACAGUGUUAUAAAUGUGAAGCACUGAUUUGGAAAGCCACCAGUGUUAGUUUUUUUUUAUUCAUGUUUUUGACUUUAAGGAUGUCAUGCCUUCAUUCAGCAGCAGGGGGCUCUGAACGCACAUCAGUUUAUUUUCUUUACCGUCUUUCUUAUUGUAGCGCAGGCGCAUACAAAGUUGUCACUCCCAGAGCUGUCUGGACAUGUUUUGCACUUUUAAAAUGGUGUGUGUGUGUGUGUGUGUCUGACAGCAAGUCGUUUUCUGUCCUGUAUCUUUCUAUAACAUUUGUGUCAUUCACUCAUACUUCAGAGAAAUAUUCCAGGUUCAAUACAAGUUGCCCAAACAUUCAGAGUGGGACUCUCAAAAAAUGAAUUGUGUUGCUUGUUAGAAAUACUUAUUUAAGAUUCACUGAUACAACACAGUUCUUAAGUGUUUUUGGGACACAUUAAUUGGUUUAUGUUUAAUAUACAAAAAUAGGAAAAGUGAUUACACUUAAUGGACUUGUAUGGGAAUUGUGUGGAAUGCAGCAUUUCUACAGUCCUUAAUGUUUAUAACUGUCCCAAAAAGAAAAAAAAAAAAAAAAAAAGAACUGGUCGAGUCUGUAAACCUUAAAAUACUGAAAUGUAUUCAGUCUUUACUGUUUUUGAGAUACCAAUGUACACUACACAAAAAAAAAAAUCUUUUUGGUUGUUCAAACUACUAUUUUAAAUGAGCUGAAACAACAAAACUCUGUAGAUUUCAUUGGGACAACUUAAUUUUUUUAUGUUCAAUCCACAUAUAUUUGUUAAAAUAGUUGACUUAAUUGAUUUGUGUUGGGUCAACAUUAAUGAAUUGUAUGGAAUCUAGAAUUUGUUACAGUGUAGUUCAAGUUUAAAUGUAUUGAUUUUUUUUACUUUAGAUUUUGUAAACAUUUUGUCUUGAUUUUUUUUAUUAUGUCUAGUUCUUAUCAGCUGAUUUAGUUUUUUGUUUUUUUGUUUAGUCAUUUAAAUCGGGGUAAACUAAAUCAAAAUAAGAAUUGUCUUAAUAUGUCGUCUGCAACUAUUUGAAAUAAAAUGAAUCUAACUAUUAUUAUUAUUUGUAUUGAAGUUUUAGUUUGUGUACAAUUUUACUUUUUAUUGUUCUGUGAUAAUUUAGUAAAGCACGUUGAAGUAAAUGAAAAUCAGAAACACGAUGACAAUUGAUGGGAUUUUUUCAAAUAGUUCAAUUUUAAGUUUUACAAGUGUAUCGCAAUGACAACAUCUAAAAGCUUUCUGUAAGAAAAGCAGCUUUACGUUUAAAUAAUUAGUUUUAAUUAUUAUCCAUUAUUCUCUCUCUCUCUCUCUCUCUCUCUCUCUCUCUCUCUCUCUCUCUCUCUCUAUAUAUAUAUAUAUAUAUAUAUAUAUAUAUAUAUAUAUAUAUAGCAUAUAGCAUAAGAAUGCUUUAAGUAGUGUUGAACCUGGAAUAUUCCUCUAACAUACAGUGCAUGAGUGAUUAUGAUCAGUGGAUUUGUGUUGUGUUGGAUUAGCACAGCUGUCUUAUAUAAGAGUUCUGCUGGUUAUCAGGAGCUUUCACAGAUUCCUGCAAAGCCUCUCAUAAGCAUAUGCUUCAAAUCUUUCUCUUUUUCUUCUCAAACGGCUUCUCUGAGACUUUAAGAUGAGACUUUCAGCUUCCCUCUCUCAUUCUCUUGCUCUGGUCCUCUUUCUCUAUUGACUGAAACUUUAAUUUAUUUGAAUAUGGAAUUCAACAUAAAUAUCUGUGUACAGUAUUUUCAGCAGCGGUGUGCAUUUUUGGGGUAUCUUUUCAAAAAAUAAGGCACAAAGUGACUAAAGUGUAGUAUAAACUGAUGAAAGUACAUGUACUUCAAAUAAAACAAGACAAAAAAAAA